UGGCUGUAAUGUCAAAAGGGAGCAACAGAAUGUCAAAACAGUAAAACGUAAACAACGCGAAUUAUUGUUGAUUUUAUCUCGAAUUAAUCGAAAUCCAACACAGUAAAUGCGAUGGAAAGCGUAAAUACGGAAGAUCAGAGUUUGACCAUACAGCUAACAUACUGUCGCAUUUGUGCGGUACUCAGCACUGACGAGCAUGGCAUCUAUGAAAACGUUUACAAGGGCGGAACGCUAAGCAUGCAUACGAUGUUAGAAAAGUUAGUUCCCUCGGUGUUCAAUGCAGAGCAAGUGACGGUAGAUGAAUUGAUGGGCUUUCCGAAAAAAGUCUGCAGAGGAUGUAAAGCCAAAGUGCUGGAAGCGUAUACCCUGUACGAGAUGAGCAUUAAGAGCGGUGGUCUGCUGAGAAAAAGUUUAUCUAGCAACAAAAACACAACCUUUAUUGUCAAUGUAACGGGUGGUUCUACAGAACCAUCGGUUAUUCCGGUUAAAAUCUGGAGAAAAUCUCAGGAAAAUAUCGUUGUGGCUGCAUCGGAACAAAUUGUACCAAAAGAUGCAUACUGCGGAGAACAAACUAAAGACGAGAUGGAGGAACCCUACGCAAUGCUCGUCGAUGACCACGUAAACCCAUCGGAAAUCGAAGAUCAACCAUCGUACUCUGGCGAGGAGAACGGCACAAUAUGCUCUUCUAAAGUAAAUAACGUAGUUAAUGAACUAAAGCAACCGAGACAACGUGGGGCUGUAAAAAGGAAAACAAAAGCAGAAAAACGAACAGAAUUCGAAAAUCAACCAUCAUACACUGGUGAGGAAAACGAUGCAUUAUCCUCUUCUAGGGUAAAUGGCGAAAUUUAUAAGGUAGAACAAUCAAGAAAGCGUGUGGCAACUAAAAGGCAGACAAGAGCCGGAAAUCGAAAGGAAGUCGAAGAUCAACCAUUAUCCUCUGGUGAAGAAAACAGUACAAUAUCUUUGGGUAAAGUAAAUGGCGAAACAUGUAAGUCAACAACUCGGGCAAGAAAAAGUGUGACUGCAAAAAGGCAAACGAAAGCAAACAGCAAAAAUGUGUCACAGAACGAAGAGAACAUAUCGAAUGAUUCUCCCGAAGAAUCUGCCGAACCGAAACCGAAAGUACAUCAGUUUCGCUGUUUGCUAUGCAACGAAUCGCCGUAUCGUUUGCCGAACGAACUUACAGAGCACUUGAAAACGGUCCACUCGGAUCAAAUACAUUGUUGCACACAGUGUCCGAAGGUGUUCAUGACCAAAGCGGCCUUUGAACAUCACCAGUACUGUCACGCUACUGGCCGAUCGCAUUUCUGUGUGUUUUGUGACAAAGGGUUUCAAACGGAGCAGCUGCUUAGGAAUCACAUGAAGACCCACACGCAAGGGACAGGGUUUCUGUGUUCGCAGUGCGGAAAGGAGUUUAGCGAUCGAAGCAAUCUUCGGCAACACGAGUACCGUCACACUGGCCACAAACCGUGGCAAUGCAACUUGUGUCCCAGUCGAUUCAGUACGAAAGGUUAUCUCACUGUGCACCUGCUAACGCAUUCGAAAAAUAGAGCAUACAGUUGCGACACGUGUGGAUCUCAAUUUAUUAGGCAUUAUUCGCUCAUAAAGCAUCAGGUUAUUCACACAGGAGUGCGUCACUAUGAAUGCGAGGUAUGCAAAAUGAGAUUCGCUUCAGCGCACCAUGUUAAAAUUCAUAUGCGUACACAUACGGGCGAAAAACCCUACAAAUGCGGCUACUGUGAUCGAGCCUUUGCGCAGAAAAACGAUAUGCUGAAGCAUACGAAAACUCAUGGGAAACCAUAUCCUUGUGAUCGGUGUGAUGAAACCUUUCCAGUGAUAGCGGACUUACGGAUACAUUUGAAAGCACAUGAUAAGGAAGGAAAGUCUAGCAGUGGAAUCAGUAGUGUCGCGAAUGAUUAGGUAUAGCAACUACGCACAUAAUGGUGAUCUGCUUUCUCAUUACGGAUCAUAACGAUCGUUGAAUAACAAUCAUUUUUAUUCCUUUGCCUGGCACCGUACACACCUUACCGUAUGGAAUUGGCAAAUAAAUAUCAAAAACUAGCAA